ACCAACUACGCCAGCUACAUCGACCCCUUCAAAGAAAGACCCCAGCCCGACCCCCCGACCCACGUUGGUCUGCCCAACUACGCCAGACAAGAACAUUUGAGAAUAAGAGACUGGCACGAUGAGUCUGAUCGUCCUGAUUUGCGCCGCGACUUCGUCGAGUCACGCAGGGUCUCGGAUAUCACUGCAAAGUUCUACACCGAUCUGAACGUCCGUUUCGCCGUACCAUGCCCUGUCGAUCAGCUAGUCCCGACCGACCACGAGGGACGUCCAUACAUGCCAUCCAACGACGAGGAAUUGAAUCCGACCAUGGCCACGAAUACCAAUAACAGCCAAGGCAAUUUCGUCACCAGGCUUGUCGAGUUGAAGACCGAGAACGACAUCGCCUACCGUACCGUUACUCGCACAAACCUCCCUGAGGGCUUGAACAAGAUUCGUCUCAGUGAUUUUCGCACAUUUUUUACUGCUCUGCACAGCAUGAGCGAGCACUGGGAAACAGAUCUUGACGACUACUUCGUCUUGGAUGACGACGGCAAGAGUGUCCGCGAAGAAGACCAUCCAGAAUACGCUGAUCCGGAUAUGAUGAUUGACGUACGGAAUCUGGAGGAGCCUAUCGACCUUGGUCCUGCUACACCAUUAACCUAUAGCGAACUCGUCGCAAGAGAUCAAGAAUCCCCACCGCUCUCAAAAAUCAUCUCCAAUGGCUCUGAUGCAUCUUCGGACGAUUUUCUGAGGGAAUUGUAUCGUGGUAGACGUACCUCAACCGGCAGUAAGAUGCCUUGGGUCUACCGUAUGGACGUCAUCAAGGGCUUCAUGGAAGCAGCCGCCUUUCCCUUCCGCUGCAAGAUCGGUCCGCCUCGCGUGCAUCCUACUUUACUGUUGAGUGGCGUACGCUUGCCUGUCAAUUAUCAGUCAUUCUUGGUACAUCGUGUGCCGAAAGAGAAGGAGAAGAGACACAUGGUACAGGGACCGCUCAUGGCUGCAUACGUCCGCAAAGAGUUGGAAGAUUUUGAUUCUGGAUCUGAUGACGAGAAGAGAGACAAGCUACGAUUGGACCAGCUGAAAGAGAUCGGUAGUCUUUUGCACCUUGCGCAAGAAAGACGGCGACAGGGUCGUGAAGAGAAGAUUUGGGCAAAGCCGAUCCCAAAGAGUGGAAAGUACUGGUUCAGCGAGAUGGCGUCGGAUGCGGCAGAGCCGGAAACACCUGACAUGGACGAUGCCAACGACCUCAUUGCUGCGGCAUUAGGCAAGGAAGCCGCUGUUCACUUUGCAAAUGGAAAGAAGAAGAAGAGAACGCAGUACGACACAUGGAAAGCCAUGGAGCCAAUGCGAUCCUUCUGGGACCCUAGCAGCGACUAUCAAGCGAUCGGCAAAGAAGAGGGUAGCGAGUGGGACACGGUCUACGUGCUAUCAAGCAUGUACUAUCAUGUCUCAAUCCUCAAAUUGCGAGUACACGGUGCCUAUCUCGACUUUGUAGCCACCGGCAACUUCCCACAGAACAUCCCUGAGGAUAAGGACUGGUGUCACCCAGUGCUGCAACGCUCCAAGUGGUUCGACUUGUUCAACGUCAACGACAGAAUAGAGGCAUUCCGUUGCCUCUGGGGUAUCAUGUGCUAUUUGACCAGA